AUGACGGAGAGCGACCAGCUCCAGCUUGUGCAUCACACCGCAGCACUAAUCGUUUGCAUACAAGCAUGGAUCCUGAUAGUGCACAAGAGAGCAAUUAGGCAUGCUGCUUUUCCUCGUGUGGCUUACAGACCUAUGUUACAACGAGACCUGGAGAGUAUUGCCAACCUCAACAACAUCUACAACUGCAACGACAUAGAGGCUAUCCAGAUGCUACGGAUGAGAAGAGCUCAUUUCUAUGCACUUGUGAAAACGUUCAGGGUGUUGUACGCAAUUGGGGAGCUCAGAGGUGAAAUGAUCAAGCCAGCAUCAAUGAACACACCAACCAAGAUCAAGAACAGCUACAGGUGGUUCCCCUAUUUCAAGGAAUGCAUUGGGGCUAUUGAUGGUACUCAUGUCACUGCAAAGGUACCGAGAUCAAUGUCUGCAACAUUCCACGGGAGGAAGCACUACACCAACCAGAACGUGCUAGCAACUGUGGAUUUCGAUAUGAGGUUCACCUACGUGCUUGUUGGGUGGGAAAGUUCAGCUCAUGAUGCGAGCAUCCUGGCCGACAGCUUGUCAAGGCCUGAUGGGUUGCAAAUCCCUGACGGUAAGUUCUACCUUGGAGAUGCUGGAUAUGCAUGCCGACAUGGAAUUCUACCUCCCUUCAGGAAAACAAGGUACCACCUCAACGAGUUCUCUGUGAAGCGCCGGCCUCUGAAUGCGAGAGAGCUGUUCAAUCUCAGACACUCAAUCCUUAGAGUCACCAUUGAGAGGGCCUUUGCUGCAUUGAAGAACAGGUUCAAGGUCCUUGACCAGAAACCGUUCCACACGUUUGACACUCAGGUAAAGCUGGUCCUUGCUUGCUGCAUUCUUCACAACUGGGUCCUAGGUUGCGGCGAGGAUGAGUUCUUCGAAGAGGUUGUCACUUUUGAUGAAGUAGAGACCGGCCAUGGCGUGGAUGCAGGCGAUAAUGAUGCCUGGAAGGUGAAGAGGCAAGAGUGGGCAGAUGCAAUGUGGGAAGCCAGAGGCAACACCACCAUCUGA